CUCUCCUGCUGGUGACAUGUCAUACAUCUGGUUUAAGAAUGGAAAGGAAAUCCCAAAUGAGGAAAAGUCCUCUCAUGAGGACCGGUUUUACCCAGGAGACUUAAUCUCUUGUGCUGUGAAAGGACUUGAGAAGUCUGUCUCUCCCUCAGUGUAUGCUCUGAAGGCUCCCUCUGUGUCGGUAAGUCCUCCUGGUGAAAUAACGAAUGGCAGUUCAGUCACUCUGAAAUGUAGCAGUGAUGCUAACAGAGAAGCUAACUACACCUGGCUCAAGAGGAACCAAACACUGCCCAGGGAAGAACCACAGCUUGUCUUCACUUCCACCCAGCCCUCUGACUCUGGAGAGUAUCGCUGUACAUCUGAGAACGAGCUGGGAAAGAGAACAUCUGAACCCGUCUUCAUUGAUGUCAAAUAUGCUCCACAGCUUCCCUCCGUGUCAGUGAGUCCUUCUGGUGAGAUAAUGGAGGGCAGUUCAGUGAAUUUGACCUGUAGCAGUGAUGCUAACCCAGCAGCUAACUACACCUGGUACAAGGAGAAUGAAGACUCACCAAAAGCUGUAGGACCGGUCUUCAUCAUCACUGAAUCCAGAGCUGAACACAGUGGGAAUUAUUACUGUGAAGUCCAUAAUGGAAUAGGACGUCAGAACUCCACCUUACUCCUGAUUGUUGUGGCAGGAGCAUGGACAUCAACAGCUGUUGGAACAAGCCUUGCUGUAGUCUUUGUCAUCUUACUCCUCGUUGUAUUCAUCCUGAUAAGAAAAAAGAGAGCCUCAAAGCGAUCAGCUGAGAAUGGAGAGACAGCAGGUGACACCCAGGAACAGUGCCUUCCUCCUCAGAGCACGCAAGAGGAGCAGGACCUUCAUUAUUCCAUCGUUCAGUUCAUCACAAACCCAGAGCCAGAGUCUCUCUACUCCUGCAUCAGACCAGUUCAACCAGAGUCUCUCUACUCCUGCGUCAGACCAGUUCAACAACACGGACACCAGCUGCAAGAGAAUCAGGAUGUUGUAUAUGCCGCUGUCACUAUUAACAAGCCCACUUCUGCCCUGAGCUGAGCAGGAUGGGAGCGUUUCUGCAACAUUUAGAAAUAGUGAAUCUGCAGCUUUGUAUUUACAUGAAACGUGUUGUUUAUUUAAGCAAAUAACUGAUGUAAUAUAACUCCUAAAACAGCAUUA